UUCCCAUAAAAUGUUUGUAAAUACUAUGGGGUCCUGGAGGAUCGCGAAAAAUCAGUUAUAAAAAGUGGUCGUGAAUGGAAAAAGUUUAAGAAACCCUGGUUUAAAUCAAAAAAUAUGUAUGCACAUACACGUUCUUUGGUUUAAAUCAAAGAACUUGCACUUCGCUUUAAUAUCGCUUGCUUUCUUUUAGUAUCGAAAUGGAUAUAUUUAAAUACAAAUUUUGCAGUGCGUCCUUUUAUGCGAAAAGAUAUUUGAAAGCACAUGAGAAACGUAUGCACAAAGAAUAUACCAUUUUUAAUAAUAAAGUGGCACUAUUUUCGUGUAUGUAUUGUACAAAACAAUUUUGUACAAGAAAUUCUUUAAGUAAACAUAGGACACACAUCCAUAAUAUAAGGCGAACGAAUAUUAAAUGCGGCGAAGUAGGAUUAAGGAGAUCACAGGAGAUUUAAGAUCUCACUUGCCAUAAUUAUAAUAACAUGAUAAUACGUAUAAAAUUGGAGUUCCAUAAAAAGCAAGGAAGAAUUUUAUGAGAGAGAGAUUAUUAUAGCUGAUCGAGAGAUGGUAGAGCAACAUGCAGAUUCCAUUCUUGAAAAUGCUGUUGAGAAAGACAUUGCUUUAUUAGUUGUUGGAGAUCCAUUUGGGGCUACGACACAUGCUGAUAUAGUCUUAAGAGCUGUUGAAAAAAAUGUGCCAUAUAAAGUUGUGCAUAAUGCUUCUAUCAUGAACGCUGUUGGAUGUUGUGGCUUACAACUGUACAGAUUUGGUGAAACUGUUUCUAUAGUAUUCUGGACUGCUGAUUGGAAACCAGAAAGUUUUUAUGAUAAGAUUGCAUCUAACAGAAAUUGUGGUCUUCACACUUUAUGUUUAUUAGGGGCAGAAAAGUUUAUGAGCCACCUAGAUUCAUGACUGUGGCUUGUGCAGCUCAACAACUAUUAGAAAUAGUGCAGAAGAAAAACUCACUUGGAGAUCAUAAUACUG